AACUAAAGAAGGAGGAUUUUCGGGAACUGUAGUUUCUGGAGGGAAGUAGCGUCCUGACUUCCUUGGCGUGGGUCUGUGCACGUUGAGAAGAUGAACGGGAAACGGCCGGCGGAUCCUGACCCAGCGCGGCCAAUGAAGAAGGGAAAGAAGCAAGUAUCGGCAGAGUUUUCGGACGCUGUCACUGAAGAAAUCCUGAGGAAGCAGGUGGCUGAGGCCUGGAGCUGCCGGACCCCGUUCAGCCAUGAAGCUAUUGCCUUGGACGUGGAUCCUUUCCUUCACUGUGUGAUCCCAAACUUCAUCCAAAGCCAGGACUUCCUGGAAGGACUUCACAAAGAACUUUUGAGCCUGGACUUCCAUGAAAAGUACAAUGAUUUAUAUAAGUUCCAACAGUCUGAUGAUUUGAAGAACAGAAAAGAGCCUCAUAUCUCAGCUUUAAGGAAACUUAUGUUUGAAGAUUUUCGGGCCUGGCUUUCUAAGGUCUCUGGCAUUGACCUAGAACCAACCAUUGACAUGUCCUGUGCUAAAUAUGAGUUCACUGAUGCUCUGCUCUGCCACGAUGAUGAACUGGAGGGGCGCCGGAUCGCCUUCAUCCUGUACCUGGUUCCUUCCUGGGACAGAGACUUGGGGGGCACCCUGGACCUUUAUGACACUGAUGAACACUUGCAGCCAAAGCAGAUUGUCAGGUCUCUUAUACCUUCCUGGAACAAACUGGUUUUCUUCGAAGUGUCUCCAGUAUCCUUUCACCAGGUAUCUGAAGUCCUGUCUGAAGAAACAUCACGUUUGUCUAUAAGUGGCUGGUUUUAUGGUCCUUCAUUAACCAGGCCUCCUACAUACAUUGAGCCCCCAAUCCCUCGAAACCCUCACAUCCCACAAGAUCAUGAAAUUUUAUAUGAAUGGGUCAACCCUGCUUACCUGGAAAUGGAUUAUCAAAUGCAAAUUCAAGAAGAAUUUGAAGAAAGGUCUGAAAUUCUCCUGAAGGAGUUUCUUAAGCCUGAGAAAUUUGCAAAGGUCUGUGAAGCCUUGGAGAAAGGAGAUGUGGAAUGGAGAAGCCAUGGUCCCCCAAACAAAAGGUUUUACGAGAAAGCGGAAGAAAAUAACCUCCCUGACGUGCUGAAGGAGUGCAUGGGCCUGUUCCGCUCUGAGGCGCUCUUCCUGCUGCUCUCCAACCUUACCGGCCUGAAGCUUCACUUCUUGGCCCCUUCAGAAGAUGAUGAGACCGAGGAGAAAGGAGAGGGGGAGGCAGCCAGUGCUGCUGCUGGCAGUGAAGAAGGGACUAGCCAAAGCCCCUCAGGGCCAGAGAAUAAUCAGACAGCUGCUGGCAGUCAAGAGAACGGUGAACAGGCAGACCCAGAAGCACAGGAAGAUGAAGCAAAGAAAGAAUCGAGCGUUCCCAUGUGCCAGGGGGAGCUGAGGCGUUGGAAGACUGGCCAUUACACGUUAGUCCACGACAACACCAAGACUGAAUUUGCCCUGGACCUGUUUCUGUACUGUGGCUGUGAAGGCUGGGAGCCCGAAUAUGGCGGCUUUACCUCCUACAUUGCUAAAGGUGAAGACGAAGAGCUGCUCAUAGUGAAUCCAGAAAACAAUUCUUUGGCGUUGGUCUACAGAGACAGAGAAACUCUGAGAUUUGUGAAGCACAUUAACCACCGCAGCCUAGAGCAGAGGAAAACCUUCCCAAACAGAAGCGGCUUCUGGGACUUCGCAUUCAUCUACUACGAGUAACAAGAUGGGGCAGAGCCAGCUAGCAUUCACUCCACCAGUGCCGGGAACAUGGAGUCUUCGUGGAGUGAGGGAGAGCUUGGCAUGCUGGGUAACAGUAUCCUCCAAGCAGGCUGUCCUUGCCGGCUGUGCUGGUGCACACCUGUGAUGCCAGCCUCGGGAGGCAGAGGAUGGGGACCUUUAGUUCCAAGGUCAGUGUGGCUUACACAGUGAGACCCUGUCCCAAAACAAAACAACUCUUGGUCAUCCUUUCAGAAAAUUUGUGGUGGUCCUAGGUCUAGACCUCAUGCUAGAGCUACAUACUCAGCCCUGGGUUGCUAAAAAAGUAGUUUCCCCAUUGCAAUUCUCUUCGUUCUGUAGUAACUGCCUUGGUGAGUUUCUAACUUUGGUGAUUUUUUUUUUUAAUUUAUGUAUAUACAAAAUUUAGCAGGGUAACUUUUUUUUUGGCUUAGGGUUUUGUUUUGUUUUUUGUUUUGUUUCUUUUGACAGGGUUUUACUAUGUAGCCCAGGCUAGCUCUGAAGUACUGAUCCUGCCUCCUCAACCUCCUAAGUGCUGGAAUUGUAGGCAUGAGCCACUGCACCCACCAAUUCCUGCAUGUGCAGUCCAUGGAAUUGAGCCCAUUGAAGUGCUCCAAAGCACCCGUCACUGCCAUCUGGAAAAUACCCAGAUCCCAUAGGGAGUGGGAAUGGUUUCCUCUCUGCCCAUAGGGGAGUGCUGCUGCCCUUCUCUGUUGACUUCGCCUUCCCAGUGAAUCGUACAGUGGGUCUCGCUUCCUGAUUGGCUUGUUUCACUUAGCACAGUGUCCUCAGAGCCUACCAGUGUUUCCACUGUUUUUCUUUUUCACUCCUAAGUGGUUGUAGAAAUUGCUAAGCCCAAGAGCUGUGACACACGGUGCUCCCACUGUGGGCUGAGCUCUACCCUGACUCUGAGGAUAGGGUACACUCGGGUAGGUCUGCCUGAAAAUGAACAUAGCCCCAGGAAUUCCAUAGCUGCUUACUGCCCUUUGUAUUUCCUCUCAUCUACCGCCUUCCAGCCCAGCAUCGUGGCUUCUCUGAGUCUAGCCUCCCAGUGACUGUUCGUUCCUAAAUGCUGGAGGGCUGGGUAAGGAACUUGCUGUCUUUCCCUUCCCUUGGAAAGAGCCCCGUGGUAAAAGGCAGUGUCAGGAGGAGAAGCCCUCCUUUUGUCUCCAGUCUUUCCCCUGAACUGCUCCAUGGGGCUGUGGCAUAGCUCUUCCCAUUGUGCGGGUGUGCGUGAUGGCUGAGAGAUGUCCUCACACCACUCCACACCGCAUCUGUUUGCUGCUUUCUCUGUUUCUGACUAUCUUUGCGGGUUUCAGUGUGGACUUUACAUUGGUAGGAAAAACCCUGGAACUUUGUCUUAUUCACACUUCUCUGACAUCCUAAAAGUCCAUCCAAAUGCAUUCUUUUACAUUGGCUUUCAAUUUGUUUUAUUUACCCCAGUCAGUAAAACAAAUUUAACAUUCAUACCCUAAUGAAUACUUACAAGUUUUAUAUGUUCUGAUAUUAAUCAUAAAACACAGUAAUUUUUAAAUAAUUACAUGAGAAUAUCUGGACCUAAACUGAGGGGACAUAUUUUAAUUCCAGCUUUUGGAAGGUAGAGCCAAGGGGAUCAAGAGUUCAAGACUAUGCUCAGCCACCCAGCGAGUUCAAGGCCAGCCUGGGCAGCAGUACACCUUGUCUCAGAAACAAAGAUUGAGUCAGGAGUGGGAGGCACACAUCUUUAUCCCAGGACUCAGGAGGCAGAGGCAGGCAGAUGUGUGAAUUCGAGGCCAGCCUGGUCUACAGAGAGAGUUUCAGGACAGCCAGAGCUAUAUAGUGAAACCCUGAUUCAAAAAUCAAAAACAAAAGACUCUCCAGACCUAGUUUUCGAGUUGUCUUCCCACGCCAGGCAGUGAUGGGCUGCUGCCCACGCAGACUGUUGUAGACUCUACCGCACUUGAAGCCAGAGCAGUGCAAGUAGGACUACACAUACUUAGUUGCUAAUGGUUACUUUUGAAGCUUGCCUUUUCUGAACUGCUGCAGACGAAAGGCAGUUCCGCUCCCCCACCCCACCCCAUUGAAGUGCCUGAGUGGGAAGAACUCUGAAAGGUCCCUCUGUCUUUGCAGAGCCUCCUGGCCUGCAAGAACAAUAGAACCUGCAGGUUGCCUUUCUGCUCUAGUGAGCAGCUGCUUCUUCCAGUUGCCAUGUGCUGCAUUGUUGAUGUGUGGGUGAGACAUAUGGUGUAUGACAGUGGGCCCGUACGUCUACGGUGGAGCCAAAAGAUGCCUGUAUUCCAAAUCACUCAGAGUCAGGGUGAGGCUAGGGAGAACAGGCCACAUGUGCUGCUGCUACAUGAGAGUGCAACCCAGGCAGCUGGGCACACAACUGUCACUCACAUGACCUGCUCAGAGUGUGCACUGUUAAGGUGCUAAGUCCUGUGUGCAGACAACACAGGUGGAAGGCAGUGAGAAUGAAGACAAUCAUAAGUGUGUGGGCCUGUGUGCAUACACGCGUGCGUGUGUGUGUGUGUGUGUGUGUGUGUGUGUGUGUGUGUGUGUGUGUGUUAGUUUUAACAGAAAGGUUAAAAAAAUGAAAAUAACUCGAAGGAAAUAUUUUUGUACAGCUAUACAAUGUAAAGUUAUAAGUCAAAGUUUAAAAUAAAGUUCUAUUACGUAAGCUAAGGCUAUUGAAGAUAGAGUAUUUUUAAUAUGUCGUUCAUGUUGGAAGGCAGGAAAGCUUCCACUUAGUCUGUCCAAGGAUACUGCACAAGAAACCUUGCCUCAGCUUGCAAUUGCUUCAUUCUUGAUACUGAUUGGUUGCUGCUUUAGACAUGGGGCAAGAGAGUCAAAUGUGGGCUCUCAAUACCUCUUGUUGGUAAAAGCUAUGCUGUUUUCUGUGUGACCAAUGGCAUGUCUCUCUCCUCUAAUUCUUAAUUGUUUUCUUAUUUAUUGGUGUUUUUGAGAAGGGUUUAUGUAUACCCUAAGCUCUCCAACUGCUAAGAUUAUAGAGUACCACCAUGUCCAGCUGUGACCUUCCAGUUCUCAUUAACUCCUUUUCCUAAAGGUGAUACUCCCUCCAAAGAUAGAAGCUUUGUAUCUCUUCAGACUACAUAAACAAUGCAUGUUCAUUGUUGAGAAUUUAAAAGUGUGGAAAACCACAAAGGUCAAUUGAACCCCCCCCCCCAUCUGUGUGCUGCUGUAAGUGUGUCACAAUGGCCACCCUGCACUGUAUUAGGAAGCAUGGCUUCUCUUUGUCCUCUCGUCUCUUCCUCCUGUUGGGUAAAUACAAGGUUGUAAGGCAGUUUGUCGGGCGGGGCUUUGAGGGAGCCACUAAGGCCGCCACUGCAGACAAGAAUGAAAAUAGUUCUCUCAGUGGUUCCUUAAGAAUAAAAAGGAGCAGCCAGAGAUGCAUUUGGAGACCUGUGUUCCAGCUAAUGCUACCCCAGCUGAUAGACUGCCUUUAAAUUUGUUUUUCCUUAAUAUAAAUGUUUACACAUACAUUUGAGUGAUAAAAAAAAAAAAAAGGAUGUCUGUAUUUUUUGU